AUGUCUCAACAAAAUAAAAAAAGAAAACCUAAAUAUCAAAAAAUUUCUUUACAAAUAAAAAACCAAAUUAUAGAUAAUGUUAAUAAUAAAGGUUUACCAAUUCGAGAGGUUGCAGCUAAUUUUCAAUUAGCAGCUUCAACUGUACAAAGUAUUAUUGAAGUUUUUGAUCAAGAAAAUCAAAUUGCUUCUAAAUCACGAGGUGGUGACAAAAGAUCUAUUUUAAAUAAACAACAUAAGGAAUUUUUUGAAGCUGUGAUUAAAGAAGAAUUAUGGAUUUCUAUUUUAGAUCUAGCACAAAAAUUAGUAAAUCAAUUUCCGAAUAUUCAGAUAUACUGA